AUGGAAACCCAUUCUUCUUCUUCUUCAUCCAUGUAUGAUGUGAAAAUGAUGCCCAAACAAGAAUAUGGAGAUGAUUUUGAGUCAUUUACCCAGCAGAUUGACUGUCCACUUCUUGAUUAUGAUUAUUUCAGUGGAUACUCAGAAUACUCUCUUUGGGAUUACCAUUGUGGGUUUUCAAUGCAAGAGAGUCCUUUUGAGGCAUCCCCAGCAGCAGCUUCAGCAAUGGAACCAUUUGUUAAUGAAGCUCCACUUUAUUCAUCCAUGGAUAUUGAACAAAGCAGCCACAACAUUGUCCAAGUUUUAAAUCUUCAGGCCAGUAGUUACAACCUCAGAAGUGCCUACAAUUCACUGAGGGACUGCAAUUCAUUGUGGGGUUUUGGAAAUGGAUUGGGAGAGUUGAACGGAGCAAUUAGUGAGGAAUUUGGCAUAGGUGCAAAUGAUGUUGAAGCUGAAAACCACACCUUAGUCUCCAAUGGUGGUAGUGAUAAUAUGGAGAUCUCCAAUGGCAGUGUGGAAGACAAUAAGAAGGGUAAGAAAAGUGGGAGUGGGGUUGAAGAGAAAUGUUGCAUUUCCAAAACGUUGAGCAGAGAAACUGUUUCCAACUACUUUUACAUGCCAAUAAGUCAAGCUGCUAAGGAGCUAAAUAUUGGGUUAACGUUGUUGAAGAAAAGAUGCCGGGAACUGGGAAUUCGCCGGUGGCCUCACCGGAAAUUGAUGAGCUUGGAAUCCCUAAUCAAGAAUGUUCAGGAAUUGGGAAAGAACCAAGGGGAGGACAAGAUAAGAGAGGCCAUAAAGGUGUUGGAAAAUGAGAGGAAGCUAUUGUUAAGAACACCAGAUUUGCAGUUGGAUGAGACAACAAAAAGAUUAAGGCAAGCAUGUUUCAAGGCAAACUACAAGAAGAGAAGACUUGUGGGGAUGGUGGAUUCUUCUUCUUCAUCUUCAUCCAAUGCAAACUCUUCUUGUGUUCCCAUUUCUACCCUUGGUUAUGGUUCUAGGGUUGAUGAUAUUGAUGAUGAUGAUGAAGAUGAAGAGAUCAAGUCUCUCAUUUCUGAUUGUUGUCCUUCUAGCAGUGUCUUUCUUUAA